AUGUCGAGCCAUGGGAAUAAAAGCAUCAGCGAUGCCACCAGAAUUACAUCCACCAAUUUCAUCCCGCGCAAGAAGAAAAAUAUGGCUUCGACUUUCAAGUCCUUUCUGACUUCUGCGAAGCAAACUAUCUCGGGACAAUCUACCCCAAUCCCAGGAACUCCCUCGGGAUUUACUCCCAUCGAGCAAUUAUUCCCAAAGGUUGAUCCGGCGGUUGAUGGAGAUGAUUGUGAUCAUGAUUGCGAGUCGUGUCAUGUAAAUUAUCCAAAAGGGUUCAAGAUAGAUGAGGGUGAUGAGUUAUAUGGCCAUGUCAAAAAGUGGAGUACACAUAUUUUGGUGGCUACAGGAAAGUCGGAUUGGGUGAGGGAUGUUGCAGAUGAGAAGGGGAGUGUGAUGCAAGCCAUCGAUCAUGGUUCUGUUAAACCAAGCAAUGGGAAGCUUAUGCUCUCCGCCUCGAAUAUACCCACUCCUUCGCAUUCCGCAGAUUACUCGCAGCCUACGACUGUCCUCCUAUUACCUGCAUUUGUCGUCAUCGAGAAUGUUACUCCAAAAUCAGUCCCAACUCUGAUAACAGAGUUCAUCGACAAAGCCCCAACUAAUAUCACACCUCUUGAACCUAUUUCAAUACCCAAGUCCCUUCCCUCCCCUCUUCCAUCCGCAGAACAACUUACAUCUCGACCAUCACCACACCGAGCGCUUAUCCUCCUCUGUUCACAAAAAACUCGAGAUGCAAGAUGUGGGCAAAGUGCGCCAUUACUAAAGAAGGAAUUCGAGAGGCAUUUGAGGCCCCUAGGACUUUUCCGAGAUCUCGACGAUGAUAGGCCGGGCGGGGUUGGCAUAUACUUUAUAUCUCAUGUUGGAGGACACAAAUAUAGUGCGAACGUCAUGAUCUAUCGAAGAUCUGACGCGUUCGGAUUGGAUGCGGUUGAGAGAGCAAAGGCUGAUGGAGAAAUUAUGCCGUCGAGACUUGUUCCGGGAGAAGAUGAGGAUGGAGGUGCAGCUCAAUGUAUGUGGCUUGCAAGAGUAAAGCCGGAAGAUUGUGAAGGUAUUGUGAAAUUUACAGUUUUGCAAGGGAAACUUAUCAAGCCGGAGAGUCAGUUGAGAGGUGGAUUUGAUAGGCAAAAGGGAUUAUUUAGUUGGUAG